GUCAAUAUGAAACACAUCUGUAAGUGAUAAAGUAUUGUUAGAGCAAAAAAUACUCUUUGGCUAGAGUAAAAUAUGAGAAGAAAUGGAUUAUUCCGUUGAAAAUUUAGAAAGGGCCGUUACUUUGUUUUACAAAACUGAGGCUGGUCAGCAAGCAGAAGCUCAUCGAUGGCUUACCGAGGCACAGAAUUCUCCCCAAGCUUGGAGUUUUGUGUGGGAAUUAUUAGAUCUACGAAGGAGCUCCGAAGUCCAAUUUUUUGCGGCUACAACACUUCAUACUAAAUUGAUGAAGUGUUGGUCGGAAGUACCUGUCGACCACUAUGAACUACUGAAAAAUCGAAUUUUGGAAUCGAUAGUUAAUUAUGCGAUGGGUCCCAAGUUAAUAUUGAAUCGCCUAUGUAUCACAUUAUCUGCAUAUAUUAUUCACACCGUACCUCUCCAUUGGCCAAAUGCUUUUGAAGAAUUGGUUUCCAGCUUCCAACCACGUCAUUUACCUAAUGUCGAGCCGGAACGUGUCAUUUGGAUGUUGCUAGAGAUAUUGUCAGUUAUACCGGAGGAAUUUCAAAGUACGACAUUGGCUGUCAGUCAGAAAAACCGAGUAAGGAGUGUUUUAUACGAUGUUAGUAAGGAUAUUCUUAAGGUUAUUGAAAUGUGUUUAUUGCCCGUUACGGGCGGUGGCUACAGUAUUGCUAAUUUAACGACGUACCUAAACUCUACACGUUGUGCGUCCACGUGGAUUCAGUUAGGAGGCAUUACUAUUGAACAGGGCUCUCAUAUUAUGAAUUUAUUGGUGGAUUUAACUUGUUACGUGUAUUGGAACAGGCAAGAAGCGGAAUGUCUCUCAUCCGAAGAAUUGGAACUUACAGAAACAGCUAUUGAGGCUCUAUCGUCCAUAAUGCUUCAACCGCAAACAUUGAAAUUUAAUACGUAUGUUUUGAAGCAUACACGGAAUAUCUUGGAGAAAUUUGGAAAAAUUUUGCAAACCGAAUCUCUCACUGGUGAUUCAAACAAGGAUAUCAUAGCAAAUAUAUAUGGAUUAAUAAUCACCAUUGCGGAUACUCACGCUAAACUACUAAUUUCUUAUCUCAAAUCUGCUAAUCCUGAAGAGCAACAACUUACGACUGAUAUAUUGGCGUGUAUUUUAGGUUGCUCAAAUUUAAGAGGCAUUUAUCCAGUAGACGAAUCGAGUAGUAGUUUACCAUUCGGAUUUUGGUAUACACUGCAGGAUGACAUUCUAUCUCUCGAUUCGGCAGAAUGUGCUGAAUUAUUACGGAUCGUUAAACCGUAUUAUCGACAGUUGGUGUGUAUACUACUUCGUAAGUCAAUGUAUCCCAACAUAUGGGAGGAUCCGCCAAACGUUUGUUGGUCUCUCGAUGAUAAGGAAAUGUUUAGAUGCUAUAGGCAAGAUGUUGCCGACACAUUUAUGUAUUGUUACAAUGUUUUAAAUUUAGAAAUGUUGGAUAUUUUACAGUCAAAAUUGCUGGAAGCAUUGGUAGAGUGUCACAAGUUUUCAAUGAAUUGGAAUGCUGUCGAAAGUUGCUUACAUGCCUUUGCGGCUGUCUCUGAAUGCAUCGAAUGGGAAACUUUAUACCUUCCUAAGCUAAUGAGUACUAUUAAAGACAUUCCUUACGACGAUUUACAUAUUAAAGUGUUGGCAACUGCUUUGGACACGGUAGGCGCAUACUCAGAGUGGAUUGCGGACCACCCGCAAGUUCUUGAUAACGUUAUACCGUUGAUAACAUCGGGAUUGGGUAAUACAGAGGUUGCUCCCAAUGCUACGUUGGCAUUAAAGGACAUUUCGCGUAACUGCCAAAACGAACUCGUCAGUUACGCAGAUCAUCUCCUAGCUGUGUGCCAGUGUGUAUUACAAACGGGACAGUUGCGUUUGGCCGAACGUACACGAUUAAUGCACAGCGUAGGUAUAAUUUUAAGUAUAAUGCCUAUUAAUAAAAUUAUGGAAUGCCUGAAUGCCAUUGUCGGUUCGUUCAUUCAGGAAAUAGAAGCUCUAUUAAAUUCCCAAACUAGUACGGGUGUCGGUAUAUCACUUACAACUCGAUUGAAAAUGUUAUCGGCUUUAUUUGCAACACUGCAUGUGAAACAAAAAAAUGUGUCAACAGAUGCAUCAACAAUAAAACAACCCAUCCUUCUAGUUGUACAAAACACUUUGCCACUUUAUUUGCGAAUUUCCAGAACAUACUACGCUAAUACCGAAUUAAUGGAGGUGUUAUGUGAAUUGUUAAAGCAUGUUAUUACGACGUUAAUGAACGAUUCUAAAACUUUACUGCCAAGUAUAUUGGAACUGCUAGUUAGCACAUAUUCGCUAGCACCACAAGCUAGUAUUUUACUUUUAUCUAAAACGAUUCUAGUUAUGUUUGGAAUAGACGAAGACGUUAUUUGUUUAUUGCACCAACUCCUGUACGAACUGAUCCGUCAAACUUUGGAAAUGUGUGCUGAACUAAAUUGCCACAAUCAGUUGUCCGAAAAAGGAGAUGUUGUGGAAAGCUUUUUUUCUAUGCUAACCCAUGUAUCUAAGAGAAAUAGUAGACUUAUUUUCAACAGUAAUUUGGAUUGUGUGGCCAUGUUCCAAUGUGCUGUUCUAUGUUUGGGUUUACCCGAAGUUCAAACCUUAAAAGCGUGUACGGCUUUUUUAGUCAAUUUUAUAUCGCUGAGUCGUGAAAACGAUCAGGCUCAUGUUAUUCAAAAGUGUGGAGAUGGUUUGGUUAAUAGAAUAUUAAUAAAUUUAGGUGGAACUGUGCCUCGAUCUGCGGCGGACAUAUUGUCGGAUAUUUUAUUGAUUUUAAACAAAAAGUACUGUGAUAAUUUAUGCCGUUGGUUAAAUAUACAAUUAGCGCAGGACGGAUUUCCAACACCUUUGAUAACCAGCAAUCAAAAAGAAAACUUUAUAAAACUCGUAUUAAGAGAAAAGGCAAACAAAAGAAAACUCUCGGAGUCUGUUACAGAAUUUACUCUCCUAUGUAGAGGAAUCAUAAAAGCGGAUAUAUCUUAAAUCAACCUGUUCAAGCGGAAUUAGAAUGCCAUCAUCAUCAUCACGAUAUCCGUAGUAAUCCGCAUCAAUAUCCUUCAUCAACUCUGCACGUGUUUUUCUAGGUGGAAGUGGUGGCUCCUGUUCAAAUAAUUCUCGAACACCUACAAAUUGUAAAAGCUAGUCGAUUAUUUUGUUAUGUAAAUACAAUUUCAUUUUAGA